AUUGUGAGUGUACAUGAGCAAACAGAGCUCUGUACUUUGGAGUGAUGGUCCAGUGUUUUAGUGUCGGGAUACCAGAGCUUUUUGGAAUGGAACUAGUUUCUUUGCCUUUUUUAUGUUUGCUGCUUUUGGACUUUCAGCUGAGCUAUGGAGCCCCAGCUCCAGCCUCAGGCACAGUGUUUCUGUCCAGUCAGAUGGCCGACAGCAUUCUGCGGAGACAAAAGCGCUACAACACUUUUUUUGAGGAGGUGCUGGAAGGCGACAUGGAGAGAGAGUGUGUAGAGGAAGUAUGUGACCUGGAAGAGGCCAGGGAGAUCUUUGAGGAUGACAGAAAUACAAUGGAGUUCUGGGCAAGAUAUGUAGAUGGCGAUCAGUGUAAAUCAAACCCAUGUCUGAACCAGGGGACAUGCAAUGACCACCUUGGCUUCUACACCUGUGCAUGUCUGUCUGGUUUCACUGGCAGGAACUGUGAAAUCGUUGUAGCCAGAAGGUGUGAUUUGAACAACGGAGACUGUAUGCACUUCUGUGAAUCAAUGGGAACCUUUGGAGCAAAAUGCUCCUGUGCAAGAGGCUACAAGCUGAUAGAGGAUGGAGUUAACUGUGAAGCACAAGCUGAAUUUCCAUGUGGCAUAACUGCCCUGACAGAGGUGAGCUUAGGAUUAAGAAGGUCUCUGUUCGGCCAUGGGAAUGCAAGCCAGCAUAACACCACCUCCCUGACCAGCAACACUACUACAACCUCUUCCUCGACUCCAGCCAGUACCCCCAUGCUUUUUCCUACCACAAAUAUCCCCGUAGAGUACCACUCCAUUAAGAAACUGCCCCUGUGGAUGAACCGUGAGGCUGAGGUCCCCAGUGAUGAGCUACCCAGGCCUUUUAAACGCAUUGUAGGUGGCGAGGUGGUAUUGCCAGGAGAGAUCCCAUGGCAGGUAGCCUUGAUAGCACGUCCCAGUGGUCAGUUAUUCUGUGGGGGCUCCAUUCUCAGUGAACGGUGGGUUAUCACUGCUGCUCAUUGCCUGGUGGAAGCACAAGGCUCCUUCUUUGUCAGAGUAGGGGACCAUAACAUCUACCUCCACGAGGACACUGAGCAGGAUUAUGAGGUGUUGGAGCAGCACAUACACCCACGUUACAACAGCACUGUGAGCUUGUACAACCACGACAUCGCCUUGCUGUACUUAAAGAGCGCCAUCACUUUCUCUGCAAGAGUCCGACCCAUCUGCAUCGGGCCCAUGGCUUUCACUGACGCCCGAGUGAAGGACUCCUCCCCAGCCACGGUCAGCGGCUGGGGCCGAACGCGCUUCCUUGGAUUCACGGCCAACUCUUUGCAGAAGGUGGAGGUUCCCUUCACAGAUCGGACAGAGUGUAAGCGGAGCAGCAGUUCAAGGAUCACUCCCUUCAUGUUUUGCGCAGGAUACUAUGACGAGGCCAAAGAUGCCUGUCAGGGGGACAGUGGAGGUCCUCACGCAAACAAAUUUCAUGACACUUGGUUCCUUACGGGCAUUGUGAGCUGGGGGGAAGAAUGUGCAAAGCAGGGGAAAUAUGGUGUGUACACACGGCUGUCCCUUUAUUACCGCUGGAUAAACCAUAUUAUGGGAUUAACUAAACACAGGCUGGCACUUGAUGUGGAAGAACCUGACCCUGAAACUUAAAGGUUAUAGAUUUUAAGAAUAUAAAUGGUAUACAAAUGUUCCUUUUAUUGUUUGAUACUCUUAACUUCACAGGAUAUGAGGGGAUACUUUCAUGAUUUGAUAUGUCCUUUUGUACUGUAUUAACCAAAUAAUAAGAAAUAAAUCACAUCAA